AUGAGUGCGAUUCCGGAGCGACGUUUUUUUGGCAUCCUCCGCUCGGCGAAAAGGAAGGAAGUUCCCUCACCGUCACCCACAUAUCGCCAUAAUGGUGGCGAUGUCGCUGGUAGCAUUAUCAACAAUGUUCCAACCACUGAUGGCAGCCUCCUGAGCACCAUAGAGUUGCAGGCCAGGGAGAACGACUACGUCCUAGAGGAUUCAGCCUUGAGAGUUCCCAUCUCAAUACAGUUGCCGCCACCUCCAAACUACUGUCCCCUGCCCCUGACACCGCCGCCCAGCUAUACGGAGCGACCAAGGGCAGCUGGAUCAGGAUCGGGGCCAGUUCAGCUGGAGGAUGCUGUGCAUCCUGUCAUACCACUGAGAUCCGCAGCAGAGGUCACAGCAGCAGCAGCAGCACGUCAGCAGGCACGACGCCGACGAAGACUUAGGGAACUCCAACAGCAGCAGCUCCGGUUCGCAUCCAGCACAGACAGCAGCUCCGAGUCCAGCUGCUCCGAGCUAGGAGGCAGUGUUACCAGACGCCAGCGUCGUCGCAGGCGUGGGGUGAGAGAUGCUUAUUGUCCAGAUCUGUUGCACGCCUGCGCCCUAAUCCUUCAACAGCCCGGUAGCAGCGACAGUUCCGUGGGCAAUUUCACGGCCACGCCACCGCCUCCGGCCAAUCCCGCUCCAGCUUCCAAUCCCGAGCCGGAGAGCUUCGAGUAUAGCUCGGACUAUGUGGAGAUCGAUGAACUGCUGCCACUAGUGGCCGGUGGUCGAGCAAAGAGCACUCCGCAGCUGGCGAUGGGUCAGAACCUGAGCCUGCGACGGCCUCGCAUCUCACUGACCUGGGUGCUCCGGGAGCAGCAGCAGCAGCAGACGCCCCAGACGCAGGCGGCACCACCAACGCCACAGAAGGAGUCGGUGCCCCAUCAUGAGGAUGAGGCGGCGCAGGAGCACAAGGAGAACGAUGUCCUGGUGGUCAGGACAGAGCCGGUGCCUACGCAGCUGGAUGUUACCAAGAAGCGGUACAGGAUCAAGCAGCUACCGAGCGGCGGAGAGCCGCUCAAUGGCUAUGCCACCACGCCCACCGCCCAUCAGGCGCCGCCCAACGGACACCUGGCCAAUCACCAGAAGUUCUUCAGCAACCAGAACCUGCUGGACGUGUCCAGAAGUAAUCAGACCGGCGGACCAGUGGCCGCCGCCUCCACCAAAGAGCUGCUUUUCGUAUGCACACCGCAACGAGCGCCCAGGAGCGACGGCCACAGUGAGGCAUUGCUCCUGGCCAGAAAGCGGAACGAGAUCCGCAAGAAACUGGCCACCAGAUUGCAGCAGGCACGAUCCAGUGGCUCACAGGCGGGCGAGGCCAGGGGAUCGGUCACCGGAGCGGAAUCACUGAAAUGCACAUCCUACUCGGAACCCAGUUUGGUGGCAGCAUCGGAGGGCGGAGAAGGAGGAGGAGUAGGCGCCAGUGGAGGUGGAUCUGCACCCCAUCACCAACAGCAGCAGCAGCAGCAGCGUCGUCAUCGCCAUCGCAAGCGCCGGGAUCGCAAUCGAGUGCAGCGCUUCGGCUACGAAAUUCACAACGUGGACGAGUUUUUGUCGCGCUGCUCGCUGGCCACGCCGGGCAACAUACCCGUCGUCCUGGCCACGGCCAGCACCCUCUACCAGACCCGACCCGGCGGGUACCAGCUGGAGAUACCGCUGCUCGGCAUGGUGGUGAAUGCGGUGUUUAAGAACCAGAACUGGCUGUAUGUCCAAACGCCGCACGCGGAGGAGGGUUACGUGGGCUAUGCCUGCUGCCUGCCGCUGGGAAUUCUGCCGCAGCAGGCGAGAGCUGGCUCGCGGAGCACUCCCUGCUGGGAGUCCAAUGCAGAUGUCUUUCCCCGGCCAUGUGGCAACAUGACCGACUCGGAGAAGGAGAUCCGACUGAGGGGCGGUACCCGGUCCGAUGGUGCACGAACGCCACGAAGCACAAAGCCAGCGGAGGAGCUCCUCAAGAUCAGCAGCACCGCCAUCAACAACAACAACAACAAUCACCAUAGUAGCAACAAUAACCAACUGACGAAAGGAGGCAGCACGGCAAGCUCCCUGUACGGAGAGCAGCAGGUGGACAAGCUGUAUCUGCGGGCCGCCUCCAAGCCACGUCUCGUGGAGAAGGCCUAUGCACAGCUGCGGUCCACACGCCAGGUGGCUUCCGGCUCCGCUUCGGUCAGAAGCGGAGCGUCCCAGGACGAGUACGUGACCCUGCAGCAACAGCAAAAGUCAACCAAGAAGCUACCGAAUCCCACCCUGCAGACCCAGACCCACCUACACCAGUCACAACCCGCCCGAAGGCUCUCCAAUGUGUCCUACAUCACCAACGGCCAGAAUGGCCAGCAUUUGCAUCCAAAAUUUGUGCCGCUGCCGCCGCCCUACGAGCACAAGCCGGCCAAGAACCAGGCGGAAGCGGAAGCCAGCCUGAAGGCGCUACGUCGACAGCAGGAGGUGGGCCAGCGGCAAACUCUAGUCGCCAUCAACACGGACUACAUCACGGAGAGCAUUGCGGUACACAAGGGUGAGAUUGUAACGCUAUGCGAGUGUCGGGAGUCAAAGGACCAACGUCAGUGGUUUUACAUACGGACGAGGGACGGACGCGAGGGCUUUAUACCGGCCGAGGUGGCCGGCCAUGGCUAUCUGUAGGAGCACCACCUAGGCAGGGUUGUUUUCGGAUUGAAUCUAGUUGAGGGAUGGAAGGUAAUCAAAGGAUUAUAAUUACCUUCCCUCUCUCUCUGGUUUCUUCACUCAAGUAGGGGACCUACAUAUUUCACCCAUAAACACCACCACCAAGUCAAGCUCUACAUUUAAAUCAAUUAGAAUUAUAUCCACCAACAUUAAGCACUCCCAUUUGCGCUAAUUUAGUACGCUUCUAGUUGUAAACUGUACUCGUAACUCGUAAAUCCUAACUCGUAACUAUUAUCGGUGUCCGUAAUUGAAUAAUUGUGUAAUUUUUGUAUGUGUGAGCGUGUGGAUCCUCCUCCUUCUCCGUCUGCGGCGAAGGAGUAGGAUCUUGUAUUUAUCAUCUAGCCUAGCAUUACCGAGUAGUCUCUAUGUAAUAGAACACUUGCUAAACGGAAAUCAAAGACGAAAGCGCAGACGGAAACUAUUUAUAAAGAUUACUGUACUUGAUGCUUCUACUAAAUAAACAUUUAAAUAAAUAUUUAAA